UUGCAGAAGACACCCUGAUUUCAGCCCCUGGCGUCCCCGGCAAACUUCUCCUCUUUCAUUUUUCCACCACCCUAGGGAACCCCAACUCGGGUCGCACCCUCUGUGCGUCUCUUUUUCGGCUUCCUUGAGCUCCCAGUCGUCUGCCCUCCUCCCCGAGCCACCCUCUUGGUCCCCAAGUCCGGAAAAUACGCCCCCUUUCCCCUGUCUACCCCUUCACUCUGCGCCGACCAACCCCAGGCUAGCCCUCCCCGCCAGGGAGCCGGAGCCGGCAGCUGCCAUGGCGUCACGCAUCGGGCUGCGCAUGCAGCUCAUGCGGGAGCAGGCGCAGCAGGAGGAGCAGCGAGAGCGCAUGCAGCAGCAAGCCGUCAUGCAUUACAUGCAGCAGCAGCAGCAGCAGCAACAGCCACAGAUGGGAGGCCCCCCUACCCCAGCCAUCAACACCCCAGUCCACUUCCAGUCACCACCGCCUGUACCUGGGGAGGUGCUGAAGGUGCAGUCCUACCUGGAGAACCCCACCUCCUACCACCUGCAGCAGUCCCAGCACCAGAAGGUUCGGGAGUACCUAUCGGAGACCUAUGGGAACAAGUUUGCGGCCCACAUCAGCCCUGCCCAAGGCUCCCCGAAGCCUCCACCGGCAGCAUCCCCCGGGGUGCGGCCUGGACAUGUACUGUCCACCUCAGCCGGCAACAGUGCCCCCAACAGUCCCAUGGCCAUGCUACAAAUCAGCUCCAACCCUGAAAAGGAGUUUGAUGAUGUCAUUGACAACAUUAUGCGGCUGGACAACAUGCUGGGCUACAUCAACCCCGAGAUGCAGAUGCCUAACACGCUACCGCUCUCCAGCAGCCACCUGAAUGUGUACAGCAGUGACCCCCAGGUCACAGCCUCCCUGGUAGGCGUCACCAGCAGCUCCUGUCCUGCUGACCUGACCCAGAAGCGAGAGCUCACAGAUGCUGAGAGCCGGGCCCUGGCCAAGGAGCGACAGAAGAAAGACAAUCACAACCUGAUUGAAAGGAGACGCAGGUUCAACAUCAACGACCGUAUCAAGGAAUUGGGAAUGCUGAUCCCCAAGGCCAACGACCUGGAUGUGCGCUGGAACAAGGGCACCAUUCUCAAGGCCUCUGUGGAUUACAUCCGGAGGAUGCAGAAGGACCUGCAGAAAUCCCGAGAGCUGGAGAACCACUCUCGGCGCCUGGAGAUGACCAACAAGCAGCUCUGGCUUCGCAUCCAGGAGCUGGAGAUGCAGGCUCGGGUACACGGCCUUCCCACCACCUCACCAUCGGGUGUGAACAUGGCUGAGCUGGCCCAACAAGUAGUGAAGCAAGAGCUACCCGGUGAAGACGGCCCAGGGGAGGCUCUGAUGCUGGGGCCUGAGGUCCCUGACCCUGAGCCGAUGCCGGCGCUACCUCCCCAGGGCCCACUGCCCCCAGCUGCCCAGCCACAGUCCCCUUUCCAUCACCUGGACUUCAGCCACAGCUUGAGCUUUGGGGGUGGGGGUGAUGAGGGGCCCACAGGCUACCAUGAUCCCCUGGGGACAGAACAUGGCUCCCCAUUCCCCAACCUGUCCAAGAAAGAUCUGGACUUAAUGCUCCUAGAUGACUCCCUGCUACCCCUGGCCUCCGAUCCCCUCUUUUCUACCAUGUCCCCUGAGGCCUCCAAGGCCAGCAGCCGACGGAGCAGCUUCAGCAUGGAGGAGGGUGAUGUUCUGUGACGCUGGCUGCCCCUGUGCCGAGGAGCAGGGGCUGCCUGGGGGCUGGGAGGACAGGGCAGAGCCCUCCCACCCUUCAGGCUGCACUUGGUGUGAGGUAGCUGCCUACCCUGCCCGUCUUUCCCUUCGGUUGGCCCCUGUUUGGACUUAGUGCCUGCCUGGCAGCCAAUGGGCUGGAGAAGCCCUCCCGUUCGGCUUAGGAGCCCCCUCCUCUGGGGGCAGUACUUUAUGAAUUGUGGUGGGGAAGAACAAGGGUGAGGGGGUGAGGAGUAAGAAGAAACCCCGGUAGGGGAGCCCUCUCUUCUGAGCCUGCUCCCCCAACCUCCCCGUGAAGGACAUUUUGGAGAAGGAGGUAUAAAAAGCAUCUCUGGGCAGCAGUGGGUCUGGGGGUGCCCAGGCCUGCUUUCCUGGGACUAGAUGGCACCCAGCCUGUCCCCCAGACUGAUACGUCCCCCACAGAUGGGGCACCCACCCCCCUUUGGUGCUAACAGCUCUCCCCUGGUGGUAUGAGGGUGGGGUGGCCAGAAGAGGAGUCUGGGUCCAGGGUGGAGAGCACCCGGCCCCCAGACCUCCCACUUUGUGCCUUUAGUAAACACUGUGCUUUGUA